CCAGAAGGCCUUAUACAAAUCAGUACCCGCGGUAACGCCUUAGCGGUUGCACGCGUUCUCUUGUGUGUAGUACUAGAACCACAUAAACUUUUGUCGUGUGUUUAUUAUUUACCGUGACAGUUUUGUGGACCUUUUUGGAGGGAUAGCAAGUUUUAAAAGGACUCAUUAAGAGAUACAUGUGAAGUGCCGCAGUGAACCAGUGUGCCAGUGCAGUGUCCUCUGUUCCGACCAUGCGAAGACGCUCGCGCAGCUAGACGAUCCCACGCCGCUCACAUUAUUAUGCAAGCGCGGCCGUAAUAGCCGCCCGUACGUUAUAUUGACAUAGCGAGUUGACAUUUGCCUCCAAUGCCAACGGAAUAAGCAAUGGCACUAGCGAAUUUCACGCUGGCGACGGCUGCCGCGGCCACGCCAGCCCUCAUCCCGACCACUGCAGCGCCUCUCCGAGUCGAUCUUGACGACUUACUCUACUCCCCUGAACAGGCCGAGUACCCACCACAACCAGGCAACGAGCCCUAUGCACCACCGGCUAACCAACAAAGGAGGUCCAAGCUCCGAAAGCGAGCUGGCGCCGCUUACCUCCCACCGCCUAACCAGUACACUCAUUACCCACACGACGACGUCCCACACAAUCCUUAUAACGGGCCGUUGCACGCGCAAGUGUAUCAACACAACGCCCGCUUAGAUGUACAAAUACAGAACCACCGAGUGCAGGAAGUGAACCAACAGUAUGAUAACACGGGGCAGUAUGUUCACGAUCCGACGGGAGAUUACGAUUACGAGCAAAGGAGGCUGAACGCAAACGGUCCACAGCGGCCCUAUGGCGGGUUCGCGGACGCGCCAUACCCUGGUGCCACAACACCCCCCUCUAGUCUAAAUUUCGAUGUGAAAUCGAACCAAAAUAUAAAUAACUUUAACUUCGCAAGUAGAACCACAACUGCCACGGCACCUCCACCUAGACCAAUCGAAGCAGGAACAAAGACAAGUGGUGGUGGAGGCAGUAAUACUCAGCCGCCUGAUCGACCGCGGGGUUUCACAAAGGUGGAAACGGGAAGCUCAGGGUCAGGAGGCAAAACACAACUCCAUGCGGUGCUAGACUACGAUGAUGACUAUUAUGACGAUGUACCAGGACCAGAUUCUGGGCAGCCAGCAGUGACGCCUUUGCAGGGGCCGAUACUCCUGCGCAACGGCACCGUCCCAGUAGUGCCGCUCACCUCCUACCCCACAGUCAACAAUGGCUCAUUCUACCAAAUACCUAUACUAUGGACCGCGCUCUCCCUAGCGCUGGGCUAUGAGUUGCAGGGGCAGAUCAUCAGGGGCGUCCCGUGCGUCAAACGCAACUACCAGCUCUAUUGUCCGACUGCCGGUAACACGUAUCCUUUAGAUAAGAUAGAAAAUUUCAUAGACGAGAAUAAGGCUCUCAUCAAGCGUAUGUACGGGUCAUUCGCGACUCCCGGCGGAAACAGGGUGCGGCGAGCGCCGGGGGUUCCCGACAUGCAUACAGGAGACUCCUAUUUUCGACAUGCGCGGCAGGCCAGCAACACACAACUACCUGAUGCGCAGUCGGUUAACAGCACUGGCAGGGUUGACGCGUGUGAGAGCAAAACUGAGAUCAUGACCCCGUACUGGGCUCUGAACUCAGCGAGGAAGCUCCGGGCCAUAGUCAACACGAUGCACUUCGAGCAAGCCAUUCACCAGGAAGUUUGCAGCAAAAAGACCACAUCUCGCUGCUCCAACGACUGCGGCUGCGAACAGAAAUACAAAUGGCACCGGCUGUUAGCCUACGAUCCUACCGACGACUGCGCCGGCAUAUUCAUGGACUGGUUCCUAUUCCCGUCCUGUUGCGUGUGCCGGUGUAACCCGUGAGCGUUGCCAUGGCAACGGACAUUUCUACCCUC